AUGUCGUGCAGCGUUGAGGUCGUCACAACGCCUACGGCUGAUACGCCGGGAACAACGCUUGUGCUGCGGACGGCAAGCAAGCACUAUGUUUUCGGCAACCUGGCAGAGGGCACCCAGCGGGCGAUGGUGCAGCAGGGCACACGUCUGCUGAAGGCGCAAGAUUUCUUCAUGACAGGCAGGACAGAGUGGAAGAAUAUGGGUGGAUUGAUUGGCAUGAUGCUCACAUUGGCCGACUCGACCACCAGCUCUUACACCACCGCCAUGGAUACCUUUCGUCUGGCUCAAGAGCGGGGAAAGAAAGGCGAAGCACCCGCGAAGCCGCACUUCGACAUAUAUGGGCCACCGAAUCUGAAACAUACACUGGCAACGUGUCGGAGGUUCAUAUUCAGGAAGGGCAUACCCAUCAAUGCGACCGAGUACGUGAAGCAGUCACCCGAGAAGGACGGCAAUGGUGCUAUAGUUCCGACGUGGGAGGACGACAAUAUCAAAGUUUGGGCUCUCUCAGUAGCGCCUGCCAACUCUGAAGUCGAUGCGCAAGCGGAGGCUGAUUUGGAGGCGCGGCGACGGUAUUUCGAUGAACACGAGAAUACAUUUGACGGACUCCAGGCUCCCGAAAAUGAGAGCCCGGAAGACCGCGAGUUGAGGUACGACCGGAUACGAACAGCGACCAUCAAGUACAUGUUCGAUUCGAAUUGGAAGAUGGAUGCACUGGCAGAACGCCACAUUUCUGAGGUACAAAUGCCUGCUGCCAUAUUCAUUCGUAACCCCGAUACACACGGCUUCUCGGCCUACCAAGGUCCAAUGCCAGGGGGCAAAGAGCCUCUUCCUGACAUUAAAGUCUGGACCCGGACGCCGUGGCCUGGCGCUAUGAUUCUAGCGCUACCACCGACCAGGCCAGCACCAGAGUGUGUUUCGUACAUCGUGCGGUCGCAUUCAGCUCGUGGUCAAUUCGACGUCGCACGCGCGAAAGCGCUAGGUGUCAAACCAGGACCGGAUUUCGGAAAGCUUACCAAUGGCAUAUCGGUACCGAACGCGGACGGCGAGAUGAUUACCCCAGAUCAGGUCAUGGGCGCUGAUAGGCCCGGUCAGGGUAUCGCCAUCUUGGACAUCCCCUCAGUUGAAUACAUUGAAAGCACUCUUCAACGAGAAGAGCUUAGCUCUCCAGAGGUUAUGACUGGCAUUCGAGCUAUCGUUUGGUUGCUUGGUCCAGGCGUCGCAGGUCACCCAGAUCUACUCCAUUUCAUGAACAAGAUCCACAACGUAGAACACGUAAUAUCCUCUCUAGAUACUGCGCCGAAUCGCAUCGCGCACGACUCGGUAACAGGACAAGCUACGCGACUUGGGCAGAUUGAUCCGUCAAGAUAUCGCACACCCGUUUUCGAUAACACUACUGUACCGCAAACAAGUAUAUACAGGACUGGCAUUACGACAGCAUCGCCAUUGCCCUCCGGAGCCAUCCGCGCUGACCGAGGCUUUGGCUUUAAUCUCAUGCCGCAGUUUGCCACAAAGAAAAACACUAUAUCUAGUCUCUUCGUACCCGAUGAAGUGGCACUUACAACGCCGCCUGAGGUUCUCGAAUUGGCUCAAAAGGCUCAAGCGGAGGUCAAAAGCAAAAGCAGAAAGAUGCAGAUAUGGAGUAAGCUACUAGCGCGUCGUGACACCGAGGUAACGACACUCGGAACAGGUUCUGCCCUUCCGUCCAAGUACCGUAACGUGUCUUCCACAUUGGUGCGUGUUCCUGGCAUCGGCAACUACCUCUUAGAUUGCGGAGAGAACACAUUGGGCCAGCUUUCAAGAGUCUUUCCCCACGAGGAGCUUGUCGAUAUCUUCAAGAAUCUGCGUAUGAUCUGGAUCAGUCACUUGCAUGCCGAUCACCACCUAGGCACAGCAUCAGUAAUUCGUGCUUGGUACCAAGUAGCACACAAUGCUAUUCCAAACCCCCAGCCCCUGGACCCUUCCGCGAGCAACAUAGACCCUAGCGCAUACGGUCUUGCUGUCGUAUCCCACAGUGGUAUGCUCCAAUGGCUUAACGAAUACUCAGCCAUCGAGGACUUUGGCUACAGUCGCAUUCUUCCUCUUCAAAUCACUCCCAACGAAUAUCAGAAUGGCUCGAGGUUGUCUAUACUGAACUCGUUCGGAAAGACACUAUCUGAGAACGCGGCCAUACCGAAAAAACAGUAUGAGAAACUGUUUGGUUUCAACGAAAUACAAGCUUCCAGAGUAGCGCAUUGCCACGGUGCCAUGGCUGUUUCGAUUACAUUCCCACGCGAUCCAGCAGACCUUGAACAAAUCAAGCCACUCAAGGUCAGCUACUCAGGCGAUUGCAGACCAAGCGGCCACUUCGCCAAGAUCGGAGCAGACACCACAGUCCUCAUCCACGAAGCAACUUUCGACGAUGAACUACAAGGCGACGCAAAGGCCAAGAAACACUCCACCACUUCCGAAGCACUCGGUAUCGGCGCGGCGAUGAACGCGAAAUCAGUAGUCCUCACGCAUUUCAGCCAGCGCUACCAGAAGAUCCCCGUCCUCCAAACCGUCACAGACGGCGAGGAAGCAGACCCACUACUCAACCCCCAAGAAGUCGCCGAAGACGUACCCAUGGAAGACGACGACGCCGAAGUCGACCCCACAACCGAAAACGCAGACAACAUGGACAUGCACCCCUCCAUCCCCUCUUCCACAGCCCCCGCUCCCGGCCCCGCAAAACCCAUACCAUCUCUCCCCAAGGAAACCUCGUCUUCGUUCCAAGAAAACGCCCGCGUUAUCAAGGUGCGCAAUAAGGAUAUGAAGGUUGCUAUUGCAUUCGACUACAUGCGCGUCAAGAUUGGCGAGAUAUGCGAGAUGGAGAACUUUAAUGAUGCGCUCAAUGAGUUGCUGGUCAAGGAUGAGGAUACGGAUGCGGCGUUGGAGCCGGCUGCGAAUGGGAAGGGGAAUGGGAAGAGGGCGAGCGAGGAUGAUGGGGAGGGGAAGGGGGGGAAAGGGAAGAAGGCGAAGAAGGGGAAGGAGAAGAGUAGGAGAAAUAACUGA